UUUUUUUUGUCUCGCUGAAUUUCGACAACCAUCGUUCUGGCCGGCGGACACCUGUUGAUCGAUCUCUGCUUGUUAGCGAACGCUCGUCGCAUGCUCAUCGUCGCAUGUCUCUGUCCCCUCUUCGGCUUCACAGGUUCGCAUGUCCCCUCUCUCUCCCGCAGUUCUAGACUUGUAGCGAGCAGACAAAGCCCCGACCGAGCCUCAAAUCCUCAAACAGUUAGCUUAUCGUCGAUGCGAUCCAACAUGCUUUGUACGUCUUACCUAGCUCCCUUUCUUUUGACUUCUUACCUGUGUUUAUUCACUGUCUUCUUUCCUUCUUCAUCUUCCAAAAUAACCUUACCUUCAGACUCCUCCAAUAAAGUGUCCUUGGGUUUGUAUUACGAGUCCCUUUGCCCUUACAGUGCCAAUUUCAUCGUCAAUCACCUCCCCAAGAUCUUCGACGGCGACCUCAUCUCCCAUGUCGACCUUAACCUCGUUCCGUGGGGGAAUGCCAAACUUAAAGGCAACGCCGCCUUUGAUUGCCAGCAUGGACCGUCGGAGUGCUUGCUCAACACCGUGGAAGCAUGUGCAAUUGACAUCUGGCCUGAGUUGAAUGAGCAUUUUCCUCUUAUCUAUUACAUUGAGAAGUUGGUAUAUUCGCAUGAGUACACCCAGUGGGAAUCCUGCUUUGAGCCUUUAGGAUUGGAUUCCAAACUUGUCUCGGAUUGUUAUGCUGGCGGACGAGGGAAAGAGCUUGAGCUGAAAUAUGCGGCUGAAACAAAUGCACUUCAGCCUCCUCAUCAGUAUGUUCCUUGGGUCGUGGUUGAUGGGAAACCGCUUUAUGAAGAUUACGAAAACUUUUUGAGCUACAUCUGUGAGGCUUACAGUGGAACUGCCAAGCCCGAGGCAUGCAGUGAACUCUCUUCGAAUCGUGUCCAACUAAGGGAAGCACGGAAAAGUCAUCCAGUCUGUUACAUGAAGGAGAAAACGUCAUCGCCGGUAUUUGAAGUAAUGAGAUCAGCUGUGGAGUCAAUGACGAGUUGGACAAAGAUGCUGCUUGACGUGUAAGAGGUUUGUCACCCUUUAUGUUUUCAAGUAAAUCUAUGUGGUUGAACUUGUUCGGAAGCAAGUCCUAUGAGAAGGGUCGUAGUUAUCGAGUUGUGUCCUAGCACUUUCUGGAUCGUAGUAGUUGUCUUGAGCUCUAAAUGGCUGUGCUGUUUCACUGAUCUUAACUUUGUUUGUAUCUUUAUAUGGUCCACAUAUUAUGAAAUGGGAGAUUGCAUUAGCCUGGUUGCAGGUGAAGGCAAAGGUUUG